CGCAGCGUGUAAACAGAGCCGAGGGCGGAAACGCCUGUCCUCGCGCCGUGAGGAGUCAUUGUGCAGCCCGGGCCACUGGCCCAGUGGCGCUGUGACGCGCCAAGCGCGAGGCGAAGGUUCCCGUUGGCGGGCUGCUGGCUGGGUCGGGAGCGCUCUGUGCAGAGCAGAGCAGAGCACGCGUCACAGAAAACAAAUAUUAAAGGACCCAAGCUUGCAAAGACUUGCUCAGACAUGUAAUUUUACUCACAGAAGUGAAUAAGGCUACUUGCAGUGCAUAAAGAUAAACGUGGAAAAUCUUUGAAGAAGCACAAUACAAGUCAUUUCAGCUGAAGAAGUUGGUCUUUAGUUCCCCUUCGAAAAGCUGUUCCUGAUAUGGCAAGCAGUUGACUUCUAAAGGGUCUCUCUUUAAGCACUGGGUGACCAGACUGGAAUUCAAUUUUCAAGGAACUCCAGAUUGCCAUGAACAACUUAAUCACAUUCCCAGUACCUGCAUAAAUAACUUCAUGUGUGGUGGAACAUUCUCCACAUGGAAGUUAAGUAACACGUCCGAAGUUAAACUCUCAUGCCAACGGCUUCCAAAGGAAUUGGAGGCAGUUGUCUUUAUCCUGCAAUAUCUAGGCCUGUGUGGUGCUACAAGCAUUCCUAAAGCAUCUUUAUCCUCUGUCUUUGGGCAUUUAUGCAGCAUCUUCUGAAACUGGCACUGACAACUCAGGUCUUCCAGCAACACAAGAAAUGGAAGCACUAGAAGUUGAUGACAUCAGUCCGGCCUUGGAAGUGACUGAAGAUUUCUUCAGUAGUUUUGAUGCUAAGCUGGAAAAGAUUGUGCAGCCCUCUGAGGUGUAUGGCGUGCAGGAGGUUCCUGAGCUGGUAGGACAUGAAGUAUUCAGUCAGAUAACGAAGGGCGGAGACCUGAGGAACAUCACUUCCUUAGCCAAAAGCAGUCUGAUUUGGGAACGCUGCAGAAAUGGCCUCUUGGAAGCCCACACUCCAAAAGUGUUCCCUGCCAAAGAUCAGUUUACAGGGCAAAGGGAGUCAGCCCCUGAAAAUGUCUCCUGGGGGGAACAAGGGGAAGCCUUGACUUUUGAUAUUUUUAAUCUCUGUCAGCGGAGAAGAGACAGACCACGCUCUGUGAAUGAUAUCCUAGUACAGAACGAGGAAGCCUCCACUUUCAAGCCUGGACAUAAACGGUCACACUCAGAUGCAAGUCGCAUAGACUGGGGGCUUGUCUUCACAGGUGCAUCUGUGCAGCAGUCAUCGAGUCAGGACACCAAUGGCACCAGGCUUUCAUGCCUAUCAACCACACUAAAUAAGGGAGAAGACGUUCAAGGGAACACUGAACACAAGCUGGCAUUCCCAAAUAUUCUGAAGAAGGGAUACCUAGAAAUUAGAAAGGACCAUGACAACUACUGGCAGCCGUGUUAUGCAGAGCUCUCUCCAUACAAACUGUACCUGUGUUAUCUUGACAGUAGUGACAACCAUAAUUUUCCUACCAUGUAUCUGCUUUCACAUUUCCAAAGCGUCACUGUGACAGGUAGCAUUGAAACAAAGAUAGUGGAUGUCAUUCUGUUGAAUAACUCCCAGAUGCAUCUGAAGGCAGAGUCACCAUGGGAGACUUUGGACUGGGGGCAGAAACUUUGGGAAGUGGUACAUGCCUCUGUGUCAACUUUCAUGAGGCAGCAGGAAGACCUAGAAGACUCUCAGAAGUUGGAUAACAGCAGGGACCUUUCCCAGAUUCGUGGCUUACAAAAGAAGCCUGCUACAGCUUUAACCCAAAAUAGAAAGGAGUACCAAAACAUUCUCAGAUCAGGGACUCUUUAUAGGCUGAUGGUCCAGAAUAACUGGAAAGCAUUUACCUUUGUCUUAAGCAGAUCUUGUCUCAUGGCAUUUCAGCCUGGGAAUCUCGAUGAAGAGCCUCUCCUGACCUAUAACAUCGAUGUGUGCCAAACUGUCCAGACAGAUAUUCUGGAUGACUGUGACUCUUGUUUUCAGGUAAUUUUCCCUCAAGAUGUCCUCCGCCUGCGUGCAGAGACCCGUCAGAGAGCACAGGAGUGGAUAGAGGCCCUGAAAUCUGCUGCCAAUGCAGCUAGAAGUUUAGAUCCAAACCAACAGGUUACUCUCAGAAACAAAGCCAGAAAUCAGUCUUUUGGGAAAGAAUUUAGACAGAGCAAGCGCCAGUCUGUGACCACUAGCUUUCUGAGCAUUCUGACCACCUUGUCUUUAGAAAGAGGACUCACAGCCCAGAGCUUCAAGUGUGCAGGUUGUCAGCGCUCUAUAGGCUUGUCCAAUGGAAAAGCCAAAGUGUGCAGUUACAGUGGGUGGUAUUACUGCAGCGCCUGCCAUGUGGAUGACAACUUUCUAAUCCCUGCACGACUAGUUCAUAACUGGGACACUUCGAAAUACAAGGUAUCCAAGCAAGCCAAAGAGUUCCUGGAGUAUGUGUAUGAGGAGCCAUUGAUUGACAUCCAGCAGGAAAAUCACAUGUUGUACAGACAUGUCGAACCAUUGGCUACUGUAGUCCGUCUAAGACAGCAGCUAAGAUCUCUCCGAGCCUAUUUGUUCAGUUGCAGAGCAGCAGUGGCUGAAGACCUGCGUAGGAGAAUCUUCCCCAGAGAAUACCUCCUUCAGCAGAUUCACCUGUAUUCCCUGGCAGACCUACAGCAGGUAAUUGAAGGAAAGUUGGCUCCUUUCUUGGGGAAGGUAAUAAAGUUUGCUACCUCUCAUGUCUACAGCUGCAGCCUUUGUAGCCAAAAGGGCUUCAUCUGCGAGAUUUGUAACAAUGGAGAGAUCCUUUACCCCUUUGAGGAUAUUUCAACAAGCAGGUGCGAAAUCUGUGGUGCUGUCUUCCACUCUGAGUGCAAAGUGAAGUCUGUACCUUGCCCCAGGUGUGUGCGCAAGGAGCUGCAGAAGAAGCAGAAGUCCUUCUGGAGGAGACUGAAUAUGGAUGAGAGCCUGGAAGAGUCUUGCACCAUGUUUGAGCUAUCCUAUCAGAACACAUGACUUCCCGUAGGCACUGGCUGACAUCAAGAGAUCUUCUGCAGUCACUAGUUCAAGCAGGCUCUCGUGCUAGUCAGACAGUAACCUGAUUGCAAAGGCUAUGCCUAACUUUCAUCCCAAGUAUUGCUUAGCACUGGUCAAAAAGGCCAUGCAGCCUGGAUGGCUUUAGAAUGUCAGCAGCUAGAUUGCAUUUUGCAGAGAAGUUGAACCACAAGAUCUCAUGCAAAUGUGGCUUGCUUGGAAUGUUUCCAGGCACACUCAAGCUCUCCACCUUUUGUUUUCCACCUCAGGAGAAGAUUUUCCUCAAGGAGGAGAGAUUUCCUGCCAUGACCACAGUGCUGUUAUUUUUGUUGUUGUUCUGUCAGAAACAGUCUGCUUAUUUAUGUCUAUUAUUUUGAUUAGUCUUGGCUGAGGCUCUGGUGAAGUGCUUUUCAAGAGCCAAGAAGGUAGCACGGGUAGGUGCCAUGCCCACCUGACAGAGACAUGGAUCAUUUUUCUAAUGUCUUUGGGCUUUUUUUCUCUUCACUCUAAGAAAAAAGAGCUUUUCAGGUUGGAUUUUAUUCAGGAUGUUUUCAAAUGUAACAAUCAGGAGAAUCCCUUUAGUAUGUGCAUGUAUUUAUAGGCAUCCUGGCAGAAUCUUAUAUAAUCAACAGAGGACUAAUUGCUAUUUUUGUCAGGAGAGGCCUUGCCAUUGUCGGCCUGUCCUUGGAUCAUCAUACCUUCUGCUUGCUGUUACUGUCAUGGGUUAUUAGUUCAAAUCCCUGUGAUAGUCACAGUCACAGCCAUUUUAAACCACCAGAUUGUUUUGUUUUUUAAAUCACCAUCUAUUAAUGAACAAUGUUUUAUUCAUAGGCAUGGUAAACAUGCAUCAUGCAGGUUCAGAGAGACUUUGGUGCUUCAGUAGGAACCUACCAGGGGGAAGGACAAUGCUCAGAAGUGAGUUCUGCCCCGCGUACGUGGAAGAUGGGGAAGCACGAAACACCGUAAGUCCUGUUUGCUGUGCAAAAAGAGUGUGUAAAGGAAUUGAUUGGGGAAAAUGUGUAUGUCACCACUGAUGAUGUCUUUCACCACCAGUGAGUCUUUGAGAUCGUCUUCACUUGACUACAUUAAGUAUCUUAAGUUUUCCUGUGAUCUCUACAGAGGUAUAUACGUUAUAUACGGUGUUCUCGUGUAUAUAGAAGCAAGUACAAUGUCAGGAGAAAAGUUCACAGACUCGCGUUAUUUAUUUAUUGUUCCUCUCAAGCAGGUUUGCUGAAAGGCAGGCCACCAACCUCUGCUUCCCCCUCAUACACUCAUGUUUGCCACUCAGGUUUGGUCCAGCUGCCCCUGCAUCAUGAUGGAAGGGUGGCGGGGCCCUGUGGCCCACAGGGUCACACCAUCACUGAAGUCAUGACAGAGAGGCAGCUGCCCAGAAAUCUGCUGUGCUAGGUAGCUGCCACACAUCCCUGUAGCUAGAGUGCCCUCUGAGCCUAGCCUAGAAACCUCGUAUUGUCGCCAUUGUAUGUAAGGGAGCAUCAGAACAACGUAUUAAUUGUGAGGUAUUAGAAAUAAAAGAGAAGGGAGGUAUUAUACGUAUAGGAAGCUGUUGGUAGGUUAAAAAUGCGUCCUCUCUUCUGUUCAAAUACCAGUGUUUGUCCUUUCCAGUCUUUGGGAGGUGGGGAAAUAACCUGUAUGAACUUAUAUAGGAACUUAUUAUAAUGAAUAAAGAUUUUUUUCAUUUACAAAACCUGAGGUUCACGGGUAGGAGGAUAUAACUAUGCUUCCAAAUUAGUCAGAGGGCCAAGUACCUUUCUCAUCUGCAGUCCGGAUCACUGUGCUGUUUUUUGGCUGGUUUUCAUUUUAAUGAAGAUUAUGCUAUCUGGUUGCCUGACCUUGUAGUGAAUUGCUUCUGGCCAAGGGAAGCAUACCCUGUUUAAUGUACUUACUCUCUGAAAAUGAGCCAUCUACUCUUAUCAUUAAGAUGAAUAUUUUCUCUGCACAACCCCUUCCCCAGCUCACUGGACUAUUCGCGAAAUGCUUUGCUUUGCAAUAUGGUUCCUAGAAACAUGCUCCAGGGCAGUCCUGCCUGGUCACCCCAAGAAGGGAGAUAUUCUGGAAUUGCAGCCAUGCCAACAGGAAAUGGAGUCCCAUUGGCUACAUAAUACAGCCUCACCGUGUGUUUUCUGUGUGUGUCCAUUAGACCAGCAUGAGACAGAGCCACCAGCCCAGAAGGGAACCAGACUUGGCUGGUGCAAUUUUGAACUGAUUUCAGACAUAAUGGCAGGUCAUGCAAAAAAAAUGCCCGUUGCAGUUCCCACCCGUGCCACAUUUGAACACACAGGGAUGUUUUGCUGCUGGGCUUUAGAGCACAUUUGCACACAUUGUGUGAGCGCAGCUUUUCAGAGUUCAUAUAGGAACUUAUUUGAUGUGUGUAACAUCCAAAAUGCACCAGUGCUUUUCUGGAUACUUUGGGCCAAAUUCUGGAGUAACCCCAUUAACAUCACUGGAAUUAUUCUGGGUUUACAUGAGUGUAACUGAGAGCAGAAUUGGGCUUAACUAAGAUUGGCAGCAAAACAGAAUAUUAUGUGAUGUAAAGAGUGGCUCUGGCGCUGCUGCCAUCACCCCAAUGACAAAUUACACUAUCACAUCACAUUAAGAGCUCCUGGCCAUGCCGAAGGUUCUCAAGCUACAGCUACCUUCACAUCGUGGAAUGAUCGUAGCGGGGAAGAAGCUUUCUUCUCAGGGGAAAUUUUGCUCCUUUCUCUGUCGGGAGGUAAACCCAGAUCCACAUCAGCAUGCAUAGGGAACUGCACCAUCUGUUGUGGCCUCCCAUAAGGGUCACUGUGCCUUAGUAGCAUGAAGCACCUAGUCCUGCUUGUGCUGAUUACAGGAGCAGAAUCAGCUCCAUAGUAACUUUCAGCAAGACAGAUGCAUAACUUGAAAAUUCUGUUGGUAAAAACCCAAAUCUGUUCCACUGCUAAGUAUUCACCGACUUCCAUUGAAAGGGGGCGGUUUCCCUGCAAGAAUCCCAUGACUACAUGGGGAAUGAUCUGUGAUGAUGCUCCAGGAAUAUCUCCCAAUGCCACUGUCUUUGUUUUAGAGGCGGUGUUUUCCCUGCUAUAGCCUCUGCCAUAACAACAUAACUGUUCCAUUCAUUCAGGAGAACCAUUCUUUGCCCAUUUUGCUUGGCUGUCUAGACUUCUUACACGCAGAUGGGACUUGCACCUGCUCCUUUUUUUGGACCAUCAACUGGAAAAGGACAUGGGAGUUUUUCCUGAUAAGAAAAUCUCUUUCUCCCGUGAGUGUAACUCCUUUAUUUGUGCUUCUGUUCUUUUCCUACUCAGGUGCUUGGAAGGAAGUGAAUUUGUGCAGUCGCUUUUCAUUGUGAAUCAGGAGUAAAAAUGCCCUGACUUCUCUGCCACACAAACAAAAUGCUUUCUCUGCUAUGGACGUGUGAGGAGAGGAGGUGUAGAAGAUGUGCUUGAUGCAAUAGCCAGUUACUACUGAUUUAACCUUGUACAGAGCUAAUAAUCACUAUAGGUCUAGCAUAGGUCUCUACUCAAACAGUUAUAGCCUGAUCCUUAUGACUACUUAGAAUACCUUGAAUUAGUUAGGCUGAAGCUGUUUUUAACUUAAUACAGUGUGGAAAAUGUAUGGAGUUAUUUCUCUUUCUCUCCCAACUGGAGUAAAAACAUAGCUGGAAAAUGAAAACUGCUGCUUUUUUAUGUUGUCAACCACUUGAACAAAAUUUUCAACAUUGUACUGGUCUUGUGUACUUGAAUCAGUCAGCAUCCUAAUUUCUGCUGCAAAGCGCAUUUUUACAGGCAGCUGUUUUGGUUUUACCAGGUGUCUGUUAACAGUCUUGCUCCUAUGGUCUCAGGUGUUUUGGGCUGUUGUCACACAUGCAAAAUAAGGGAUUUCUCAAUGGCUAGAUUUCACCAGAUGUUGAUGGAGAUCUUUGGUCCCAAUGUGCAACACUUUCCCUUUAACGCACUUCUAGGCCUUCCUGCUCUGUUGCCUUCAUGUGACACAGCGUCCAGACUGGGGCAUACUGGUACUGGUAUAGCCUUGGUUUUUCUUAUGCUAAGAGCUUGUAGUUGGGUUGGCUUCUGCAAUAUUUGAGCUAAAGCUCUUUUGAAAAAAACUCCAGCCUUGAUCACCCCUUCAAGGGCGGCUGUUGAGGGAGCUGCUGGUGGCAAGUCUUCUCUUACUGUUUCAUAUCGGUAGCUGAGUACACGGCAAUGUAUUGAUGUCUUGCAAGUUAAAAAAAUGGGAAGCCUGAUUCAAAUUAAAUGGGACACCUAAUAGCCUUUACUUGGUCCCUCCCUAUAGAACAGAGCGUCUUUGGGACAGUCAUGGACCAGAUCACAGCUGGUUGUUGGUCCCUACAGAAGGGAUUUAAUUGAAUAAUCAUUGCAGUCUUUGUUCAUGUGCUCUGCUGCCCAGCUCUAAGCUCUCUUGCUCUGUCUUCCCGGGCUCUCCAGCUACACUUCCAGCUUCAUAGCCCAUUGUAUAGCAAUCGAACCUGUGGAGUGUGAUGGUUCCUUCUGCAUAAUUUGCUUUUCAAUUUUCUCCCCAGUAGGAGGGAGAAAACUCUUACAGGACUGUAUCUUAGUGUCUUCAUUCCUUUGUUAUAGUUCCAGAUAGAAGCUGCUCUUUGAUUAACAUGUAGAUCUCAACUAAAUCUCCUUCCUGCCAUGUCCCCCAGGACAGAUUGGAUAUACAAGCUCUUUGUACACCAAGCUCCAUGUAAACUUUUCACUUAAUUUGGUGCCUUAAUUUCCAAAAGUGAAGGAUCCCGGUCAGAAAUUCACUGUCACAAUUAAAAAACACUUUGGACUAGAGCUGUCAACCGCAGCUCAUGUCGGCACCCACUUUACCAAGAACUGUACCAAUGACGUUUUGUAACUUUGGAUGGGGAUGUUUUGUAUGGGGAGGUAUCUCACUGCUGCUUGAGGCAUCUCCUGUGAUCAGAAUUCCCUGAGUAGGCUUUUCGUCAUGAGGAAAUUAGAUGGUGUUGGAACAGAAGUUUGAGGAGUCAUGUUAACAAAACCCUCUUUGUAGAGCAGGCUAGGACAGAGCAUGUUUACCAUUGUGCUAGUUGGUCCACUGGAACCAUGGGCUAGCCCAAGACUAGCUGACACAAUGUAAAACGUGACAGCCUCUGCCUAUGCUGCCAGAUUGCAUGUAGUGCUGUUUGUUAGCACAGCUCCUCAAGGCCAUGUUCCAGCACGACUUAAUUUACUGAAGACAAGCCUACUGAGGGUUGAUUGAUGUUCUCCUAGAAAUGUGGCUAAACUGUGUAAGUCCUGGCAAAUGCGCAGUUAGGUAUGCCUACCUUGGGUGUGCCAGCUUGGAGAAAAUUCUGGGCACUGAGUGUGUCCUUUUAAGCCCAGCAUCUAAACUACUAGCAGGAAUAACAUUCUUGUCCCUGUAGCUGAGUGCAGGGGCUGUCACAUACCUAAGAUCACACAUUGACUUAACGUGCUGGUCUCCUCUCAAUCCCUCUCAUCUACAUCACAGAUCCACCAAAGAUUCUGGCCUAAUCAGGAAUCUCAAGAGAAACCUCAAACUAGAAAGCUGAAGUCAUCACUGCCAGAACCAAUGCGUAUUAGGGAAGGGCUUGGUUCAUUUUAGCUUUGUGGCUUGUCCAAACACAGAUUUAUGCGGCUUAACAAAAGGUAUGAUUCCAGACCAGUUCUAGUGACAGUGUUGGAAAAGACUGUGGAGCUUCUCCUACCAAUGUAAACCUGGCUUAUGUCAAUUAGUCCUUACGUAAACCAAACCUAAACCAAAUUAAGACAUUUAUAGCAUGAACUGAGAGUAUUUACACAGGGUUCUCUGUGCUAGUUCAACUAAAUCAUAUUCAAAACCCAAUUUAAGUUAAACCAAAGCAACUUUCUUGGGUAGAAAAGAUCUAAGAAAAGCCAGUGUGGGGAAGCUCCUGCAGUUCGCAUUAGCUUGAACCCAUUCCCUCCUCCAUGAGCUCCAAAUUUACCCACAGUAGGUAAGAACUGGCUUUUUACCAGUUGUAAGUUUUAUGGCCUUGUUCAUGGCCGGUCAUCUGCUAACUUUUAUGUGACACACUUGUUCUGUUUGUUACAUUUGAUAAGGAUUUUUUUUUAAUUAUAUGCAACCAUUGAGUCAAUAUUUUAAUUUAUGAUCAGCAAAGGUGGUAAUCAUGUUACCCUUUAAGCUCUGCGAGUUGACUUGUAUGUUAACAGUGUACCUGGGUGGGGAUUAUUUGUGACAUAAUUUCAGAAUACCAGUUCCUCGUAUGUAAAGCUAAAUCUAAAUAAACAGUACAAAAAGAA